AAAUUUAAAAAACCACAAAGAGUUAUAUGAUAUAGGCUAGUAUACACUCCUGUGACCAAUUAUACUCUUAUGAGAUUCAUUUUGUAUGUAUAAGAAAAUGUCUCUGAGACAACUAUUCUCCGACCGUCCACCUCUUAAUGCAGUGCUUCAAGAAAAAGCACAAAAGUUACGAUAUGCAUGUUCACCCAGCAAAUGCAUUCAUUCAUUACUGUCAUUCUUACCAAUUAUCACAUGGCUUCCAAAAUACGAUUGGUCACAUUCGUUUUUCGGAGAUUUGUCAGGAGGCUUGACAAUGGCUGUUUUUUCGGUGCCUCAAGGCAUCGCACUCGCAAGUAUCACAGGAGUACCACCAGUCUACGGGUUAUACACGGCUAUAUUUCCAUCAUUUCUUUAUAUCUUUUUUGGGACAUCAAAACAUAAUGCGCUAGGUGGCUUUGCUGUCCUUUCUCUCAUGACCCACGGCGCGAUUGAAAAAGUGAUGCUGAGAACGGCGACGAGCUACAAUGCAACUGCAUAUGUAAAUCAUACAUUGGAUGAAUUAUUGGAUAAAGAGAAUGAAACAGCUCUAAUCAGCAACACAACAUUGAUGCAAAUAUUAGGUAACGAAACUUCAUUCGUUGAAGAAGUUACCAUGGAGAUGUGGACAGAAGGUGUGACUCCUGUAAAGCAAAUCCACGUGGCAACUACUAUCAUCUUUCUGGCUGGCGUGAUUCAAGUGUUUAUGGGAGUUUUCCGAUUGCAAUAUCUCACAUCUCUUUUCUCGGAGCAAGUCAUGUCAGGGUUUGUGGUCGGUGGUGGAAUUCAUGUAUUUUUCGCACAAAUUGGAAAUAUGCUUGGUAUUGAACUUCCAAGAAGGAGUGGUCCAGGGUAUUUGUAUUAUAGAAUUUGGGAUCUUGUUGAAAAUCUUGACAACGUGCAUAUCCCAACAGUUUGCAUCUCGUUAUCAUCAUUCCUGUUUCUUGUGUUUGGUAAGGAAUACCUAGCUCCAUGGCUCAAUUCAGCAUUCAACUAUCCAGUCCCAUUUGAAUUGGUUUUGGUGGUUGUCGGAAUUACUGCAACUAAUUACGCGGAACUGUCCUUGCGGCAUGACGUGAAAGUCGUCGGGAAUAUACCAACCGAAUUUCCUCCGCCAUCGUUACCAAGAUUUGAUUUGAUCCGACACAUUGGUCUUAAUGCAGCUGCUAUUGCUAUAACAGCUGUGGCCAUUCAUAUUACGGUAGCGAAAGUGGUUGAAAAACGGUACAAGUACAAAAUCAAUCAUGGACAGGAACUUUACGCAUUGGGAUUUGUUGGAGUUUUAUCAUCCUUCUUCCCAGUUUUCCCUGUAACAUCUGGAUUUGCAAGAAGUGUGGUUGGAGCAGCAGUUGGAGGAUCUACACAACUCACUUGUCUCUUUUCAUCUUUAGCACUCUUAUCAGUUAUUCUGUGCAUUGGACCUGCUCUUGAAUAUCUGCCACAAUGCAUUUUAUCCGCAAUGAUUAUAUUUGCGCAGAAAGGAAUGCUGGAAAAGUUUGGAGAAUUGAAAAGUCUCUGGCCAGUAUUUAAGAUUGAUUUUACAAUUUGGCUCAUGAGCUUUUUCCUCACUGUCUGCUAUGAUAUGGGAGAAGGACUACUGAUGGCCAUUGGUUUUGCAGUCUUGACAACAAUUAUCAGAACUCAACGUCCCAAGUGGCACUUCCUAUCCCGUGACGAUGACACAGAAAACUAUAAAGAAACCAAGAAGCGCGAUCUGGAACGGAUCCAAGGAAAUGUUUGCAUUUUCCGUAUGGAUGCACCGUUGAUUUUUACGAGCAGUGACAGAUUUACAAUGUCAGUAUGGCAGUGUGUCAAAAAAUGGGAACGAUGCAAAUCCGAAUCAUUUGUGACAAUUGAGCAGAUGAAUUCCGACAGGAGCGCUGACAUUUUUGACUCGAAGCUAAAGUCAGCUCGGCGGCGCUGGAAGAGAGAUCAAAAGUCUGAAAACCGAUGUAAACUGGUGAUCGAUUGUGACGGAUUUCCCUACGUUGAUUAUCUUGGUUUAUCUACUCUGAAAAGUGUUUACGUUGAUUUGCAAGCUGCUGGAAUACAAUGCUUCUUUGUUGUCCAAAAAUCAGAUUUGAAAAAACUUUUCCGUGCCACUGACUUUUACGAGGUAGUUGACGAAUCCAAAGUGUUCAACAAAGUAGGAGAUGCUGUGAAAGCCGCGGAGCAACAUAUUUCAUCUCCUAAAACCACAAAAGAAAUUUUAACAGCACUGGCCAGUAUUGCAACAACCGACACCGUGCUUAUUGACGAGGAAUCAAGUGAUAGUAAUGAUAACGAUGACGCUGAAAUCCAAGAGAGAAUAACCGAAGAGUCUGAAAAUUCUGAAGAGGUCAUGUCAGAAACAUCCGUGUCGAUUGAAGAUGCAACCAGUUUAACAUCGUCAAGAAACUCCAUCAACUCUGAAGAAUAAAUGUAAAGUUUUAUUUUCCAUUUUGAAUUUUUUUUUCCACAUUGUAAGCCUUCAUUCAUUGCGAGUACAUUUUUGUUAUUAUUAUCAAGUUUUCAUCUGCAAUUUUUUUUUCUGAAUAUUAUCUCAAAGUUCUAUCUUUGGUUACACUUCUGCCACAACCAAUGCAAAUAAAUAAAUAAGCCAAACUGC